AUGAACAGAAGACUGGAAGAUGAUGCUGUGCAUCCGCGCCUCGUCCUCGCGGAUCCGCCGCCGCUUGCUCCGCAGCUCCUCCUUCCGCCGCUGGAGCUCCUUGUUCACCUCCUGCAAGCUCACCUCGAUGUACUGGAGAGACUUCUCCUCCUCCUCGAGGCUCACUUGGCCGGCGCCGCCAACGAUGGCACUGGGACAAGUCGGGGAGGCGCUCCGGAGCUGCUGGACCCGCUCGAUGAGCGACGAGGAGGCGGUGGUGGCGGUGGCGGAGUUUGGAGGAGCGGCGUUCCCAGCAACGGCGCCAUUGAUGGAGCAGCCGAGCUGGAAGUCGGAGAGUGGGAGGUUGCAAGCGCCGACGCUGGCAUACGGUUUGAAGGGGCGGGUGGUGGCGGCGGUGGUGGUAGCGGCGGCGGUAGCGGUGGCGGCGGCGGUGGGCGAUACCGGGGCGCUGCUGCAGCUGUUGAUGACGAGCGGCGGCGAGUUUUGCUCGUCCGAGGUGAGCGUCCCGGAGUUGGGCGGCGAGGAGGUGGGCGAGAGCGUGGACGAGUGGGAGUGGCCGGCGGGCGAGCGUGGCGGCGGCGGCGGUGGCGGCGCCACCGCGUUGACGAUGGGGAUGGUGAGCAGCGGCGUCGACUGCGUGCGCUUGCGCGAGAUGCUGCGGAUGGGCUUGGAGUAGCAGGGCGCGCAGAGCGGCGGCGAGGCGGAGGAGGAGGAGGGCGAGUCGGGGCCGAAGUGUGGCGUGAAGCAGAUGCAAAAGAGGCGAUUGUCGCACUUGGAGCUGAGCAGCGAGAUGGCGAGCUUGAACGAGGCGCGGCCGGACACCAUCCGCGUGGGGCGCUCCUGGGCGGGGAACUCCACGCCGUUGAAGGUGGUGAAGAGCGGCGGCUCCGCAAGGAAGGGCUUGUCGUCGCGCACCACGGGGGAGUGGUCGUGGGCGUAGGCCACCGACGCGACGAUGGUCACGUCCUUGGUCACGUUGGCGGCCAGGUUGCCCGACUCGUCCAGGAGGUGGACGUUGAGCACGAACUUCCGGCGGCACGACGCCUUGCCCCCGAGCACGGUGAGGACGUCGGAGCUCUUGCCGAUGCCCAUGGCCUCGGACGCCACCGACGCGACCAGGCGAGGUCGGGCCUUGAAAUGAAAGGUGGUCGCUUGGAAGGAGGGGCAGCAGCCACUUCUGCAGGCGGCAGAGAGUUCCCGAAGCAAAAGAGCAGCGUCUCCAGCGUUGAACUCGAAAGUUCUAGUGUUGAAUCAUCCAAGUUGGAGAUGUGA